CGUCCUACUUGUCUAGCGCAUGCGGUAGCAUCAGGAACGGUUUAAACACCCGUCCGGCCCAGGAGGAUCCCUGCCAGGCUAGGAUCCGGUGGCUGGGGAAAAUGACCAUCCACAUUGCUUUGCGCGGCCCGUCAUUUGGCAGGACUCUGCCAUUAGUACUCGUGUGGACUAGUUCGGUGGCACCUCUGCUGGUGAUACGUAUCAUGCAACAGUUGGCGCACGGCGACUCUCCACAGAUUCAAGCCCAGAGGAUAUUACUCCAAGUGACUAACCCAAACCGGUGAUUGGGGAACAGGCUGGCUGGUAACAGCUGUGAGACUAGUAGCCAUCGUUGUAAAGGUCCGACCUCGCCGGAAGACAACUCGCGACAUCGAUAACUCCAAGGGUGGUGCUCACGAAAGGAGCUGUGGCUUAACACCGUUAUUGCUCCGAGGUUCAGGGUAUCAGCUACUGCGGAUCCCUUAUAGCAACACGUUGUUAUAGCACGAUCCCCGAGUUCUGCAGCAGCAUCGAUGGAACCAGAGGGCGCACGAGGGAGCCGUCGCAACACCUUCGAAAUUAAUGACUGGUCAGAGCUCCAAUAGUGGGUCGGUCGGUGGGACAUCGAGCAACGCCUUCAAGUGGCCCGCACGGAGUCG